AGGACCGUGGGCUGGGUGCCCAGCUAAAGGACCCGAGAUCCGAAACCCUAGAUAGAGCCUCACUGACUGAAUGGGGUCCUUUGGGUCACUCCUGUCAACUGUUGGCUUCCUCUGCCAUGCAUCGCCAGUCUUCCCUGCCAUGCAGCCAAGCAGCAUCUGGCAGCGGAGGAGCCCGCUGGGGCUACAGCUGUGUCUGCUGUUCAGUGCCUGUCUGGCCUCUCCGACCCCAUCAACAGCCCCGGAGAAGAGGGCGGGGAGCCAGGGGCUGCGGUUCCGGCUGGCCGGCUUCCCGAGGAAACCCUUCGAGGGCCGGGUGGAGAUUCAGCGGGCUGGUGAAUGGGGCACAAUCUGUGACGAUGAUUUCACACUGCAGUCAGCUCAUGUCCUCUGCCGGGAACUGGGCUUCACGGAGGCAACAGGCUGGACCCAUAGUGCCAAAUACGGCCCUGGAACAGGCAGAAUCUGGCUGGACAACCUUAGCUGCCGCGGGACUGAGCAGAGUGUGACUGAAUGUGCCUCCAGGGGUUGGGGAAACAGCGACUGCACGCAUGACGAGGACGCAGGGGUCAUUUGCAAGGAAGAGCGCCUCCCCGGCUUCUCGGACUCCAACGUCAUUGAGGUGGAGCAGCAGCUGCAAGUGGCGGAGGUGCGGCUCCGGGCGGCCGUGGCGCGGGGCCGGCGGCCGCUGCCCGUGACCGAGGGCCUGGUGGAGGUGCGGCUCCCCGACGGCUGGGCCCAAGUGUGCGACCGCGGCUGGAGCGCCCACAACAGCCACGUGGUCUGCGGGACGCUGGGCUUCCCCCGCGAGAAGCGGCUCAACGCGGCCUUCUACAGGCUGCUGGCCCAGCGGCAGCAACACUCCUUUGGCCUGCAUGGGGUGGCGUGUGUGGGCACCGAGGCCCACCUCUCCCAAUGCUCCCUGGAGUUCUAUCGUGCCAACGACACAGCCAGGUGCCCCGGGGGGGCCCCAGUGGUGGUGAGCUGUGUGCCAGGCCCUCUGUAUGCAGUGACCAGUGGCCAGAAGAAGCCGCAGCAGGCCAAACCUCAGGGGGAGGCCCGAGUGCGUCUGAAGGGCGGCGCACACCCCGGAGAGGGUCGCGUGGAAGUCCUGAAGGCUGGCCAGUGGGGCACUGUGUGUGACCGCAAAUGGGACCUACAGGCAGCCAGCGUGGUGUGCCGGGAGCUGGGCUUUGGAAGCGCCCGUGAGGCCCUUAGUGGAGCCCGCAUGGGGCAGGGCAUGGGCGCCGUCCACCUGAGUGAUAUCCACUGUUCGGGCCUGGAGGCCUCGCUCUGGAAGUGUGAGCAUAAAAACAUCACAGCUGACGACUGUCCCCACAGCCAGGACGCAGCACUCCGCUGCCACCUGCCCUACACCGGGGUGGAGACCAAGAUCCGACUCAGCGGGGGCCGCAGCCGCUACGAGGGCCGAGUGGAAGUCCAAGUGGGGAGCCCUGGAUCCCUUCGCUGGGGCCUCAUCUGUGGAGAUGACUGGGGGACGCUGGAGGCCAUGGUGGCCUGCCGGCAGCUAGGGCUGGGUUAUGCCAACCACGGCCUCCAGGAGACCUGGUAUUGGGACUCGGGGAACAUCACCGAUGUGGUCAUGAGUGGCGUGCGCUGCUCAGGUGCUGAGCUGUCCCUGGACCAAUGUGCUCACCAUGGCGCCCUCACAGCCUGCAAGAAGUCUGGGACCCGCUUCACUGCAGGAGUCAUUUGCUCUGAGACGGCUUCAGACCUGCUGCUGCACUCAGCGCUGGUGCAGGAAACGGCCUACAUCGAGGACCGGCCUCUGCACAUGCUCUACUGUGCAGCCGAAGAGAACUGCCUGGCCAGCUCGGCCCGCCUAGCCAACUGGCCCUAUGGCCACCGGCGGCUACUACGCUUCUCCUCCCAGAUCCACAACCUGGGGCGAGCCGACUUCAGGCCCAAGGCAGGGCGCCACUCCUGGGUGUGGCACGAGUGUCACGGGCACUACCACAGCAUGGACAUCUUCACCCACUAUGACAUCCUGACCCCCAAUGGAACUAAGGUGGCCGAGGGCCACAAGGCCAGCUUCUGCCUGGAAGACACCGAGUGUCAGGAGGAUGUCUCCAAGCGGUAUGAGUGCGCCAACUUUGGAGAGCAGGGGAUUACUGUGGGCUGCUGGGACCUGUACCGCCAUGACAUCGACUGCCAGUGGAUCGACAUCACAGACGUGAAGCCAGGAAACUACAUCCUGCAGGUGGUCAUCAACCCCAACUUCGAAGUGGCAGAGAGUGACUUCACUAAUAACGCCAUGAAGUGUAACUGCAAAUAUGACGGACACCGCAUCUGGGUGCACAAUUGUCACAUAGGCGAUGCCUUCAGCGAAGAGGCCAACAGGAGGUUUGAGCGCUAUCCCGGGCAGACCAGCAACCAGAUCGUCUGAGGGGCUGCAACCCUCUUCCGCCAGCCCCCACCAGCUCCUCCAGGCAGGGGUCUGUGGCUACCUCAGGAGCUUCCCUAGGCCGUGGAACUGUUGAGCAGAAGUGACUGGUCUCCUGGGCCAUCUGACCAGGCCAUACAAGGCCAAGCCGAACAGAACACCAAGUUGGACAGUGGACAGUGGCUCCUGGCUAGAGCAGGGAUGUGGGCCUGAUCAGCUCCAGUAUCCCCCUCAAUUCAAGGGGUACAGCUUUACCUCCAGGCUGCCAGUGGGGAAAAGGGCUGCACUACCCGUCCCCACACACACACCCUCUAUCUGGCCCGUUCUUGACUUUCACAUGUUGCUAGGUAUAAUUUUAUUUUAUAUAAAAAGUGUUCUUGCCU